GGCGUGGCGGCGGGAAGUGCAGCCCGCCCACGGGCCGCCCCCUCGCCCGCGCCGUCCGCCGCUCGGCCCCGCCGCCGUUCCGCGUUUAAGCUAUGGCACUGAAACAGGUUUCCAGCAACAAGAUCUUUGAAGGUUUCCAGAAGGUGUUUGAACAUGACAGUGCAGAGCUAAAAUGCAAAAUGAAAUUUGGAAUCUACUUGCCUCCGAAAGCAGAAACUGCAAAGUGUCCUGUGCUCUACUGGCUAUCAGGGUUAACUUGCACUGAACAGAACUUUAUAACAAAGGCUGGUUUUCAGCAGGCUGCAGCUGAGCACGGCCUCAUCGUAGUCGCGCCAGACACAAGCCCACGUGGCUGCAACAUUGAAGGAGAAGAUGAAAGCUGGGAUUUUGGCACUGGUGCCGGUUUUUAUGUGGAUGCCACUGAAGAUCCUUGGAAAACCAACUACAGGAUGUAUUCCUACAUAAAGGAUGAGCUGCCUAAACUAAUAAAUGCCAAUUUUCCAACUGACCCUGAACGGAUGUCUAUUUUUGGGCAUUCCAUGGGAGGUCAUGGAGCUCUUAUUCUUGCUCUGAAGAAUCCUGGAAAGUACAAAUCUGUAUCAGCAUUUGCUCCUAUCUGCAACCCAAUUCAGUGUCAGUGGGGGAAGAAAGCACUGGGGGGAUACCUUGGAUCAGACGUGAGCAAAUGGGAGGCAUACGAUGCUACGCAGCUUGUCAAGUCCUACCCAGACUCUCACCUGGACAUCUUGAUUGAUCAAGGCAAAGAUGACCAGUUCCUCUCAGCGGGCCAGUUACUGCCUGAUAACUUCAUCGCUGCCUGCACAGAGCGGAAAAUCCCGGUCGUCUUUAGGCUGCAGCAGGGUUACGAUCACAGCUACUUUUUCAUUGCCACAUUUAUUAACGACCACAUAAAGCACCAUGCAAAAUACCUCAAUGCCUGAACCGUUUGGCGAGCGUGGCCCGGCCCAUGUGAAUCGAGGGAUAGAGGUGAACUAAACAAAAAAUCACUUGCUGAAGUAGUGUCUGUAAAGUGGAGCUCUUCUGAUUGUACUGCUAAGAAAAAUAAAAGUCCCACUGAACUCGA